AUGUACUCGUCCCGACCUUCCGCUAUCCACCUCAAUAUCUCUAAUGACCACCAUGGCGCUGAUGACGACCUUGGUCUUGCUAACGACGCACCCAUAACACCCACAGUCCCUUCUCUGUGGGGGAUACCCCUCAAAUACCUGUCACUGGUCACUUUAGCGGUCCAGAACUCACUGCUCACCGUCAUCAUGCACUAUUCACGAGUGUCUGCCACCCCAGACCAUGCAUAUUCACCAGCAACAGCGGUGUUGACAACCGAGAUCCUCAAAGGGUCCAUCUCCCUUCUUAUUGCGUUCUCUCGCAUAGAGCCCUCCGAGCCUUCACGGAUAAAACGGCUGGUCUCCGAUGUAUUUAGCCCAGAUUGUUGGAAGCUUUCGAUACCCGCUAUUCUCUACGUCAUCCAAAACAACCUCCAGUUUGUCGCAGUCUCGAAUCUACAGGCAGCCACAUUCCAAGUCAGCUACCAAAUGAAAAUAUUGACGACCGCCGGAUUCUCUGUCCUGCUUUUGCGCAAAAAGCUCACUUCUCCACAAUGGGUUGCACUCCUCUUCCUGGCAAUCGGUGUCGGAGUCGUCCAGAUCCAGGCGGGCGGCGCUCAACUUCUUGAGGAUGGUGCUUCGCGGGAUCAUGCCAUGAAUCCGAUCAAAGGAUUUCUUGCCGUCGCGACAGCGUGUACCACUUCCGGGCUUGCUGGCGUAUACUUCGAAAUGGUCUUGAAGAACUCGCAGACGGAUUUGUGGGUGCGCAACGUGCAGUUGUCCCUCUUCUCUCUGCUCCCAGCCCUGGCGCCGGUGUUCUACCUGUAUGCCGCAGAACCCCAGAACGGUUGGAUAGCCACACUUUUCCGCAAUUUUGGAGGCUGGGCAUGGGCCACUGUGUCGGUGCAGGUUUUCGGAGGACUGUUGACCGCCUUGGUGAUCAAAUAUUCCGACAAUAUCCUCAAAGGCUUCGCUACCAGUCUGAGCAUUGUCAUUUCCUUCAUGGCAUCAGUUGCUCUGUUCAACUUCCAAAUCACCUUCACCUUCCUUGUCGGCUCUGCCAUUGUUUUGGUCGCAACUUGGUUGUAUAACCAUCAACCAAAACGUGCGGAGUCGAUCUCGUGGGCCAUGGGAUGGCCAGAGAAGUGGAGGUCAGCCAGCUCGCUGCGUUCGCCAGCAGCGACACCCGCCCACUUUUCGUCAAUCGCAAGUUCAAGAUCUUCAUCGGCACUUUCGCUGAAUUCUCUCGCUAAACCCAUGGCGGAAGAUAGCAAGGAUUCUUUACUAUUCUCCCGAUAA